AAAGGGUCGGUGUGUUUUUAAAAAGAAAGAAAUCUAUCAAUUUCCAUAGCAUUAGGAGAUUUGAAGGAGAAGGAGGCCUUUGUAAAAAUAAGGCGAGAAUGGAGUCAUUGACCACAGAUUUAGAAGACUUUGAAAACUCCGAAACUGCCUCCUCUCUAGGCACUUAUUACUAUUUCAUCUCUUCCUCCUCCCACUUCAUUAUUAAUUAAUAAAAAUUUAAUUAGCUUCGAAUUCUUCUUCUUCUUAUUCUCUUCUUGUUUGUUUCUUCCUCGGCUUGGAAUUCUGAACCUGCUAGCUAGCUCUGUGCCGAAAGAGAGAAACCCAGAUCAGUUUCUGAGCCAAAACCCGGAGUGAAGAUUAUGGAGUCUUUUUCUGUUUGAGAUCUAAUUCAAGUGUUAAUGUGCUGGUUCUGAUUGCUCUUGGCUAAGAAAAACAGUGAAAGUGAAGAUUUUUGGGUUCCAGAUUCAGAAAACAAUUUUGAAUCUGUAAAAGUCGAUUGGAUUGUGAAGAUGGCUGGGGUGCAAGAUCAAUUGGAGAUCAAGUUUCGGUUAACUGAUGGAUCGGAUAUUGGUCCCAAAAGCUUUCCUGCUGCCACAAAUGUUUCAACCUUGAAGGAAAGUAUACUUGCUCAAUGGCCUAAAGAGAAGGAUAAUGGUCCAAGGACAGUAAAAGAUGUGAAGCUAAUAAGUGGAGGAAAAAUAUUGGAGAACAGUAGAACAGUUGGCGAAUGCCGUAGCCCCUUAUGCGAGAUCCCCGGCGGAGUUACAACCAUGCAUGUUGUUGUUCAACCACCGUCAGUGGAGAAAGAAAAGAAAGCGACAAGCGAACCACAACACAACAAGUGCGGCUGUGUUAUAUUAUAACUUUGCAGUUCUUAAAUAUUGGGGAUGACAUCAUUUUUAGGUGAAAGAAAGCUGGUAAAGAUGAAGGAAGUUUGGUGAAAUUUGCUGAUUGAUGCAGAGCUUUUUGGAUCAAACAUAUAUGUUGAUUAUUGGUCACGUAUUGGUAAAGGUCUAUGUUAUUUUUCUUAUAGCUAUUUGCCUUGUCUUACCUCUACAACCUUCCUUGUUUGUUGUAUGAGUCCAUUGGAUCCUACAAUCUUUGCUCGGAUACUUUUACUCCCAAAAUUUAUGCAUUCCUUCUUCUUUCCGCAUUUAAUUUUGGAUUUUUGUACUAUUGAAUCGAUGUAGGUUUUUUU